AAAAAAUGGGCCAAUGAUUGAUAAAUAAUAGUGUCAUACAUACGUUCACAUAUCGUAAUAUAUAUUAUAUGCAUACAUAUACUUAUAUAAAAAGUAUGAUAAUUUGAAAUACUGUUAAUUGCAUAAAGUAACAUAAUAAAUAAAAGUUUUUAAAAGCAAGAGGAUUUGAAAGUUUGAAUUUCGUGUGAUGGUUGAUUUUUAUCAAUCCGUCCCCCAAAUGAUUGUUCAUUUCAAUAUGAACGUUGGCACCAUUCCCGACUUGUGUCUCAGCUGAUAAACUCGACAUAUUUAUUAUUAUAAAAAAAAAAAAUAAUUUAAUUGUAAUUUUUUUUUUCUUUUCAUUUAUUUAUUUAUUUUUUUUUGUUUAAACGAAAAUUAACUGAAUCGUUAUCAUGGCGGAUAACGUAUUGGAAGAGUGUAGUAGUGAUCAAUUAGACAAAGUCUUACAAUUUCAGGACUUGACAAAUAUUGAAGAUCUUUCUAUUUGUCGAGAUGUCUUACAAAGGCACAAUUGGAAUUUGGAAGUUGCGGUUCAGGAACAACUUAAUUUAUAUGAAGGAAGACCGUCAAUGUUUGCACAAGAUUCCCGUGUAAGACCACCGACUGUCGUAGACGACACUAGUUCCCGAAUAUAUUUUAGUCCACCUGGCAGUUCAGGAAGUGGCGGUGGCUUUUUGUCUUUUGUAUUUUCCAUGUGUUACAAUGUCGUAACGAGUAUAUUACAACUAGUAUUCGCUAUUUUCCGAACUAAUGUACGACCUGUGUCUUCGGAUCCUGUUGAAGAUGUAAUGAAUUUUAUCAGAUCUUAUGAAGAAAAAUACGGUACUAAUCAUCCUGUAUUUUAUCAAGGCUCUUACAGCCAAGCGUUAUCAGACGCUAAGCAAGAAUUAAGAUUCUUACUCGUUUAUUUGCAUAAAGACGAUGCUCAAAAUGUUGAGCAAUGGUGCAGAAAUACUUUAGGUAAUGCUGAGUUAAUUCGAUUUAUAAAUACUCAUACAUUAUUCUGGGCUUGCAAUGUACAAUCUGGUGAGGGCUACAAAGUUUCUGAAGCCUUGAAGGCGGGUACUUAUCCUUUCCUAGCUCUCAUUGUUCUUAAGGACAAUCGUAUGACGAUCGUCGGACGGAUGGAGGGAAUUCCACUACCGUCAGAACUGAUAGCGCGGCUACAAGCUAUCGUGGAUCACAACGAAAUAAGUUUAAUUCAAGCUCGUCAAGAUCGAGCUGAACGCAGUGCUAAUCAAUCAUUGCGCGAGCAACAAGAUCAGGCUUACGAGGAGUCAUUGCGUGCUGACCAAGAAAAAGAUCGUAGACGAGAGGAAGAACGUAGAGCACGUGAAGAACAAGAGGCACGUGAGCGCGAGGAAAUAAAUGCUCAGGAAAUGGAAAUAGAACGCAUCCGUGUUGCUAAGGAACUUACUGUAGAAAAAGUACCAAUUGAACCGGAGUCAAGUCAUCCGAAUAUUUGUCAUUUGCAAAUAAAAUUAGGAGAGAGAACAUUGAAACGACGAUUUCUUAUGUCCAAUACAGUAGAAGAUUUAUAUAAUUGGAUAUUUAGUCAACCGGAUUCACCCGCGAAUUUUGAAAUAACGACAAGUUAUCCCAAGAGAGUUCUGUAUCCAUCUGUAGAAAUAGUGAGUCUCCACAAAGCCGGAUUAACUCAACGUGAAGUUUUACAUAUUAAUAACUUAGAUGACUAACCAUUAAUUAAUUAAUUAAUUGACUAAUUAAUUAUUCACAUAUAAAUAAAUACACAUAAACAAAACAAAAAAAAAUUACAAAAUUAAAAUAAUUAAUCAGUUUAAAAUUUAUUAUUUUCUCAUUAUGUUGUGAAUAAAAAAAAUGCAAACGCGAAUUAUUUAAAUGAUAAUUAUUAAAAUAAAAUAAAAUAAAUGUUUCUAUAUA